ACCCCACUGUGGUAAAGAAGUUAGCCGUACAAGUUGGCGUUCAUGUUGAAUUGAGUUGUUAUCGCAGACAUUUUGUUUGAUACCGGGUUAUAGUUAUAGAUAUAAUUUUCCGGGAAAUAAGCAUUUUUGUAUUUUUGCUAAUAAUUUCACAGAGGAGUUGAAAUAAUGUCGAAUCGAAGAAUGGGUGGAAUGGGCGGCCCUAGAGGCAAUCGCUCUUUUUCUCAGCAACCCUUCCAAGGCGGUGUAAGUCCCUGGCAAGGGAAUUCCAAUAAUAUGAAUCAAGGCGGAUUACUUUCCCAAUUAACAUCAAACCCGCAACUAGCUCUAGCUUUAACUAGUUUACUCCAGCCUCAGCAGCAGCAGAUGAACAAUCCACCGUCAUUACUUUCUUUGAAUACAUCUGCAUUUUCCCAAAAUCGAGAUUUCGGUCGAUUUGGUAACCGAGGCCGUGAUAUCAGGCGACACGAGCCUUAUAAUAAGAACCGUGGUGGUUGGCGUAACGACUACAAAGGCCGCCCCAAUAAUAAAAACCAGAAAGAUAACAAACCAAAGGAUAUAAAAAAAAAGGAUGAGAAGAAAGAUGACAAAAAAGAUGUCAAAGUUAAAAAAGAUGAUAGCGCGGAUACUACCAUUGAUUUGUCCAUAGACGAAGAGAAGGACAAUGAAAAGAAACGAGACUGGAAGGAUGAAAAAAAUCAGGCGGACCUCAAGGAAGAAAGCGGAGACGAAGAAGAAAAGGAUAACAAGGAAGGGAAAGAGGGAAGAUAUGUGGGAGUGCCGCAAAAAUAUUUAAGUUGCUUCGUUUGUAAUAAGCAAAUGUGGGAUGGGGAAUCGAUGGGAAAACACGUCAGAGGUAGGGCUCAUCGGCAGAUGAUGAAGAGCCUCGAAGAGAGUAUUCAUAUAACUGUCAAUAUUUUGCGCGAAAAUAUGAGGCUUACAGAGGAAAGAAAAAUGAUAGAGCUCAAUCGUAUGCAACGUUUGAAAAAGUUUGGAAAGAACUUUCACGAACCUGAGAGCCACUGCAACAUGUGCGACUUGAAAUUUAUGGGAAAAAUUGUUUCCCAUCGCCGCACCGACGGCCAUCAGCGUCUCAAGAGAUACUUGCACCCUAAUUGCCGCCUGUGUGAUAAAGAGUUUCCUUCGAGAAUGGAAUGGGUUGAACAUCGUUUAACACCGGAGCAUCUUCUUAACAUCCAUGAGCUUACAGAGGGAAAGAUUGGCGGGGCUAAUGGCAUGGAGGUAAUGGAGAACGAAAACGACGACGUCGACUUAGAACCAAUCUUGGAGGAGCCGCUCCAAAUGGAGGUAGAAAAUCCGAUUCUCGAGCUGGACGACAAUUUAGAUGGGAUGCAGAAUCUUCUGCCGGCGUAUAAGAAAGACCGACCGGUAUCCACAAAAAGUUUGAAACCGUUUUCCGGCUUUAUGUGCGAACUUUGUAACAGGAGCUUCGCAGAUGAAAAGGACGCUCAGGAUCAUUUGAAAACUAACCGUCACUACUUUAAAUUCAUUGAAGCAGUCAAAGAGAAAUAUCAUCGCAAGGAGAAGAAAGAGAGGAGGGAGCGCGAAGAGAAGGCCAAGAAGGAGAAGGAGUUGGAGGAAGAGUCGCAAAACGGAGAAGUCGAUGAAGGAAAAUCUUCUGAUCAACAAGGUGAAGAAGGAGGAGGGGACCAGGACAUGUAUGAUCCUGAGGAAGUCACCAACGAAGAGGAUGCGUCGAUGAACGAAGCCAGCCAAGAGGAAGAAAGCGUUUUGGAAAAUUUGGAAUCAUCCCAGGAAGAACAGGAGCCUGAAGACGUCAAAGGUAAAGUGGAGCCGACGCAGGAAUUGAGUGAGCAAGAACAGGAGACGGUGGACGUCAACGUAGAGCCGGAACCGGAGCCGGAGAAAGUGGAAGUGAAAAUAGAACCAAAGAAAUCGCCGGUCAGGAAAGCGGCGGCCGCCUCAAAGCCCGCUCCCGCGUCCGUAAAAAAGGCAAUAGCCAAAAAUGGGGCUGGGCCCAGAAGUAAGAAGGCGCGUAAGCAGUAAUUGGUAAACGUGGUUGCUGUACAUUUUUCAGCAAUUGUUGAUACCUAAUCUUUUGGUAGUAUUUUCAUAUUUUUUUAACUUUGCACCUUGUGUGCGCAUAGCGUUUUUUAUAUUUUUGGUGACUUGCUUUGGACUAUUUUUGUUUCUAAUGUACAAUCUGUUUUUCUAAUAAGUGUCCAAUAUGGCGAAUUUCACGUUUAAUAACUUUUAGGUGACUAGUAUCAACUAUCCAGAAUUAGCAAAAACAAAAAUAAAUUUUGGAGCCCCAGAUCUCAAACACUCGGACACUUAUUUAAAAACACUCUAUGUAUUUACGACUGUAUGUAUAUUGAAUGCGGGAAGCACUUCAUCUCAAAAUUGGUUAAUCGAACUUUUAUCCAGUGUAUGGCUUUAGUGUUUUUAAUUUACAUAUUUUCCAUUAGGAAGUUUACAAUUUCAAUAUAUUAGAUUAUGUGUAUUAAUAAGUAAUAUACAAUUAUAAGUAAAA